CAUUCUACGGAUAUAUCGUCUUAUAUCUACGUGUGUACCAAAAGUACAGUGUAUUGUUACAAACUAACCCAAAGGUGUAACACUACCAGAUAAAACCUUUUAUAUCGAUAAACGGGAUUGCAACAAUACAAAUUUAUUUAUUAUUUUUUUUUUUUUAAAAAAAACCCUUGGCAGCAUAUAUCAACGUGGACGGAUCAUGGCCGAAGUUCAAGCUCGCCUUCAGAGCCUCUCCGAAGAAUUCACCAAAUUGCAGCAGGAGCUGCAAACUGCUGUGCAAUCGCGGCAGAAGCUUGAGGCCCAGAAGCAAGAGAAUGCAAACGUGCAAAAAGAAUUUGAGCGCCUUAAGGACGGCGAAAACAUCUACAAACUUGUUGGCCCAAUUUUAUUGAAGCAAGAUAAAAUCGAGGCGGAGAGCACGGUAAACGGACGGUUAGAGUUUAUCGGCAAAGAAUUGGAGAGAACAGAAGACCAGAUCAAGGAUCUACAAGAGAAAAUAGAGAAGAAAAAGGGAGAGAUUAUCCAAGCUCAAGCAGGGUUACAAGCGGGAGGUGGCGCUCCAGGGAAGGUUGCGGCAAAGGGUUAACAAACCAUGAAACGAUUCUAGCUUAUAGGAGAGCCCAGAGAGCUGAGGUUUUCUUAUAGGAAACGGAAUAAAUGAAGGUUAUGAAUAGGUACCUACUGACAUUGAAAGGUGGAGGAACUAUGGCGUUGGUCUAUUAGGUCCCUCUUACAUAUAACUUAGGAGCUCAAAGUUUAGGUUCGACGAGAUAUGUGCUAUUUCACGUACCUACCUAAUGCUACUAUAUGUGAAUAUAUAUAUAUAAUAAGUAAGAUGAUGCAUUAAAUUAUUAAAGCAUAGGUAUCUAAUGAA